UAGUACGACAGAAUCAUUAUCAUAAUAGGUUGGUAAAGGUCUGUACUAUGCAUGUAAAAUAAAACACUCUUUCUGCAAGUGGUGUCUUUUCAGGAUCGGAUGCCUUCAACUUUGGUGCCUCUGAUGCCUUUCUCUCUUAACCUCCCGUUUUUUCCUCACAUGAAUAUAUUCCUUAGCUCAAUUCACAAAUUAUCACUCACAAGCUGCUAGUGUGGGAAAGCAUGGCUAUGACUGUUUCAUCUUCUUCUUCUUUCUCUCGCGCUUCUUCUCUGAAAAAAUAUGAUGUUUUCAUCAGCUUUAGAGGCGACGACACUCGUGCUGGCUUCACUAGCCAUCUUCAUGCUUCGCUGUGCCGAAGCAAUUUGGAGACCUACAUAGACUACAGAAUCCAAAAAGGAAACGACGUUUGGGAAGAACUCGUGAAAGCAAUCAUACAAUCAACUCUCUUUCUUGUCGUCUUCUCACAUGACUAUGCAUCUUCAACGUGGUGUUUGAAUGAACUUGUUGAAAUUAUGGAGUGCCACAAAAAUGAACCAGACAAAGUUGUUGUUAUUCCUGUUUUCUACCAAAUUGAACCUUCACAUGUUCGGAAGCAGAGUGGGAGUUACGCCACUGCGUUUGUGAAACACAAAAAGCAACCCAGAGACAAGAUUCAAAAGUGGAAGGAUGCUCUUUCUCAAGCUGCCAAUUUAUCUGGUUUUCAUUCUGCCAAAUACAGGAAUGAAUCUCACUUGAUUGAAGAAAUAACAAAAUCUGUUUUAGAAGAAUUAUAUCACAAGUACCAAAAUGAGUUUGCAAGUGAUUUCAUACUCAAUGAAAACUAUUGGAGGAUUGAAUCUUCAAUAAAAACUGAUUCAUCAGAAGUUCAAAUCAUUGGACUUUGGGGCAUGGGGGGCAUAGGCAAGACAACCCUUGCUGCUGCUAUUUUUCACAAGGUCUCUUUUCAGUAUGAAGGCAGAUGCUUCUUCCCAAACGUGACAAACGAAUCAAAAAUGCACGGAAUCAAUCACAUAUGCAACAAACUUCUUUCCAAGUUACUAAAGGAAGAUCUUCAUAUUGAUUCUCCCAAAGUAAUACCAUCCGCGAUCAUGAGAAGACUCAAACGCAUGAAAGCUUUCAUUGUGUUAGAUGAUGUUCGUACUAUAGAACUUCUACAAAACUUGAUUGGAGUUGGGCAUGGUUGGCUAGGAGCUGGUAGCACAGUCAUUGUGACGACUAGGGAUAAGCACGUGCUGGAGAGUGGAGGAAUUUACAAAAUUCAUCAAGUUAAGAAGAUGAACUCCCAAAACUCCCUCCAACUUUUCAGCUUGAAUGCUUUUGACAAUGCUUUGCCUGAGGAAGGAUACGUGGAUCUCUCAAAAAGAGCAAUUGAUUAUGCCAAUGGCAACCCUUUAGCUCUGAAAUAUUUGGGAUCAUUUCUUCGUUGUAAAAGUGAAACAGAAUGGAGCUGUGCACUAGCUAAACUCAAAGAAUUUCCCAACAAAGAAAUUUAUUUGAUUUUGAGAUGGAGUUAUGAUGAAUUGGAUGAUACAGAGAAAAACAUAUUUCUGGACAUAGCAUUUUGUUUCAAAGGACAUAAAAGGGAUAUGAUAACAAACAUAUUAAAUAUGUGUGGUUUCUAUGCUGAAAUAGGCAUAAGAAAUCUUUUAGACAAGGCUCUUAUAAGAGUUGACUUCGAAAACUGCAUACAGAUGCAUGACUUGAUACAAGAAAUGGGCAAACAAGUUGUUCGUGAAGAAUCUCCUAAGAAUCCCGGACAACGCAGUAGAUUGUGUGAUCCUAAGGAAGUUUGUGAUGUAUUGAAAAAUGAUAGAGGAACUGAGAUAGUGGAAGCCAUUUUUUUAGAUGCUACUGAAUGUACACGCCUAAAUUUAAGCCCCAAAGUAUUUGAGAAGAUGCCAAACCUAAGGUUACUUAUUUUUCGAGACCACAAGGGAAUUAAAUCUAUCAGAUUUCCUAGUGGCCUUGACUUAUUGCCAGAAAAUUUGAGAUGUUUUUUAUGGGAUGGCUAUCCAUGUAAAUCUCUACCUCCAACCUAUUCUCUUGAAAUGCUUGUGGAGUUUUCCAUGCGAGACAGCCAUGUGGAAAAACUUUGGAAUGGAGAACAGAAUUUGCCAAAUUUAGAGAGACUUGACCUCAGUUACUCAAAAAAUCUGAUAGAGUGUCCAAACGUGGCUGGUUCCCCGAAUCUAAAAUAUGUAUCACUUAUUGGUUGUGAAAGCUUGCCUGAAGUUGAUUCAUCAAUUUUCCUUCUCCCAAAGCUUGAUGCAUUACACAUGAGAGAAUGCAAUUCACUUAAGACUCUUUCGAGUAACACUUGUCCUCCAACCCUCCGUGACUUUGAUGCCAGGGAUUGCAUCAAUCUGCAAGAGUUCUCAGUCCCAUUAACUUCUGUUGAUAGUUUGAAUUUGCGUUUACCAGAGUGUGGCGCGAACGGACUUCCAUCAUCAAUAUUGCAUUUGCAAAAUAUUGCAAGGUUUACCUAUCCUAUUAAUGAUAGUCUUGUGAAUCUUCCUGAAAACUUUGCCAAUUCUAUUUGGCUUGUGUUUCAGAAUCUCCAGAAAGGUGAACCUGACACUUCCAUCACUUUACAUAAAGUACUGCCUAGCCCUGCCUUCAUGAGUGUUAAAGAGUUAAUCAUCGACCGUAAUGACAUGUUUUCUGAAAUCCCAUGCAAUAUCUCCUUACUAUCAUCAUUAGAGUCUUUAUCACUAAUUGGUAUUGCGAUUAGAAGCUUGCCUGAAAGCAUUAAGCAUCUUCCCCGACUCGGAUAUCUUGAAAUUAUUGACUGUGAUAUGCUUGAAUCUAUACCUUCACUUUCACAGUUCAUUCCAUAUUUCUUUGUCUGGGGAUGUGGAUCUCUUGAGAAAGUAUUGAGCUCAACAAAUGAACCAUCGGGCAAAUCCAACCAUGGUUUUAUGUUCCUUAACUGCACAGAGUUGGAUUCACAUUCAUAUCAAAUAGUUCUGAACGACGCCAUUGCUGGGAUUAAACUUGGAGCGAGACUAAAUUCAGAAAAUGAAGAUCCAUCUUUAGAUCAUAAUAAUGAUAUUAUUAUGUACUUCUUACCUGCAAUGUCUGGCAUGGAAAAUUGGUCCCAUUACCCUUCUACACAAGCUUCUGUCAGUCUUGAGCUUCCUCCCGAUUUGUUGGGUUUUGCCUACUAUUUAGUUAUUUCUCAAGGAAAAGUGGGAUAUGGUGUAGAUAUUGGAUGUGAGUGUUGCUUGGACAACAUUUCGGGUGAAAGAAUCUCUAUAACAAGUUCCAAAAGAGCCAAAUUCUCUAGUAGGGUAUUUUCUUAUGUCGAUGUUUCAGUGUACAUGAUGGUGAUGGAUCAUUUGGUUUUAUGGUAUGAUCCAGGAAAAUGCAAGCAGAUAAUGGAAGCAUUUGAAGAAAUAAAAGCCAGUAGUGAUGUGAACAACACCAGUUACAAUCCAAAGCUUACAUUUAGGUUCUUCGCUGAGGAAAACCUAUAUAAUGAAGUAACUAUAGUCGAGUGUGGUUUUCACUGGAUAUAUCCCUUUGAAGGCAGUGCAGUUCCAAAUAAAAAUGAUGAUUUUGAAUCUGAUGAACGAGAAGACACAGUUCCUCCAACAAACAAGUUAGAGCAACGUGUCAUUGGAAAUCUUUCCAGCUUAGAAGUAGAUGAAAGUGAAGACUUGAGGUGUUCACUUGAACGACUCUUGGAUUCGAUGGAGAGCAGCUGGAGUGGAGAGAAGAAAAUUUCAAGUGAUUUAAACUGAAUGUUGUCAGAAACAUAUGCCUGUUUUCUUAAACUGAAUGUUGAUUUAAAGAACAUUGUGUUGGUACACAUUGUUUGUAAUCUUGUAUUAAUUGUACUAUGAACAUCUAGUAGAUUAAUGAUAAUCAUAUUUGAAU